UGUAGCAGGGUUAGUCUUUGUGUCGUCAUUUCCGGUAAUGUGGAUGUAGCUUAUCCAAGGGAAAGGAAUUAGUCAGCCAUUGUGCUUUCGUUUAAUUAAAUAAAUCCCAAUAAAGAAGACAUGAGCGACGCUGAGAAGGAUUUUGUCGAACGAGAGUCCCACUCGCCCUCAAGGAGUGUCAGCCCUCAGGGUUCUGUCCAUUCUGCUCAUUCUGCUCAGUCUGCCAGUAACUCCCCAGCCCAGUCUCCUGUCCAUUCUAAGGAGGGCUCGCAACAGUCCAGAUCCAAGUCUCAGUCUCGCUCUCGCUCAAGAUCAAAAUCUCGGUCAAGGUCACACAGAGGUUCCCGCCGUCGUUAUUCACGGUCACGGUCCCACCACCGGCGGUCGCGGAGCCGCUCCUACAGCGCUGAGUACCGCCGGGAGAGGAGCCACAGCCGCUCACCCAUGUCAAACCGGCGGCGCCACAUUGGCAGCAGGGCAAACCCGGACCCUAACUGCUGCCUUGGGGUGUUUGGUCUCAGCCUUUACACCACGGAGCGGGACCUGAGGGAGGUCUUCUCCAAAUAUGGCCCCCUAACGGAUGUCACCAUUGUGUACGAUCAGCAGUCCCGGAGGUCGCGCGGCUUUGCUUUUGUCUACUUUGAGAACAGAGAGGAUUCCAAAGAGGCAAAGGAGCAAGCCAAUGGCAUGGAGCUUGACGGCCGCCGCAUACGAGUGGAUUUUUCAAUCACAAAACGGCCGCACACCCCCACACCAGGGAUUUACAUGGGCCGGCCCACAUAUGGAGGUCCCAGCUUUGCCCGGCGCUCCAGAGAUUACUACGACCGUGGCUAUGAAAGAGGCUAUGAACGUGGCUAUGACCGUUAUGAUGACCGCGAGUACUACCGGUCCUACAGACGCAGGUCCCCGUCGCCAUACUACAGAGGGGCAUACAGGUCCCGCUCCCGGUCACGCUCCUACUCGCCUCGUCAUUACUGAGAGUGCCGUUUCCAUUCCAACCUGGACAUACAAGGGGGACCAGGAUAGGGUGGGAGGGGGUGAAAGUGCGGGUGUUCAGAGCAGUUUCGUGAUAUUUUUACUGUUAAUUUGAUGCAUUUGUAAUGUCUUCCAAUUUUUAAUUGUAUUCAAGUUGGUGUACAAUGCUUGGUCAAGCAUCAUCCGUGUCAUUUUUAGUUAUGCAGUAUUCAUGUAAUAAACGGCACCCACACACAGGCCUGUAUGUCUUCUCAGA